AUGGCUCCUCCUGUGCUUCCGUUCCGUGAUAUUAAUCUACACGCCUCGUCGUCUCACUAUGCUUUCACCUCUCCCUCGUCGCCAGAUGCGCCGACGCUCAUCCUGGACCGGCCAACCGGGGACUUGCGCCUCCACGAUGGUACCUUGUCAGGGGCGAAGCGGAUCAGCAGCAUCGCUGGAAUUCUGGGUAUCAUCAAACUGAAGCUGGACAAGUAUCUCAUUGUCAUCACCAAGGCUCAGCCGAUGGGAAGACUCCGUGGCCAUAUGGUUUACAAAGUGGCCGCAACAGAGUUCCUCCCUCUGCGUGAGCGUCCUCUGCAUGACUAUGAUGAGGAUACCUAUCUGGCGCUGUUGAAGGAGCUGCUUCGGACUGGGCCGAUGUACUUCUCUUACUCCCUGGACAUCACUAACAGUUUCCAGCGUCAGUCACAGAGUAACCAAAGUCUUCCCAUGUGGAAACGCGCUGACGACCGCUUUUUCUGGAAUCGCUUCAUCCAGUCUGACUUGAUUGAUUUUAGUCUCGGAGAACAUGACAACACUGGUGUUCGUUACGGUCCUCAGCCCGGAGUUGAUCCGUACAUCUUGCCAGUGAUGUUCGGUAUGCUGCGCAUAACUCCGGCAAAGGUCAAGUCCACAUCUUUCGUGUUUGCCCUAAUCACUAGGAGAUCGAGACAUCGGGCUGGUACAAGAUACUUCUCGCGGGGAAUUGAUGAACAAGGCCAUGUCUCCAAUUACAACGAAACGGAGCAAAUUGUGAUCCUGAACGACACGGCCGGUGGGCUCUCAGGGUUUGCUGGUGGACAAUCGAUGAAGGAUGAAAAGGCAGGCCAAGAUACGCAGGUCCUGUCCUUCGUGCAAACCAGGGGAAGUGUUCCAGUAUACUGGGCGGAAGUCAAUGACCUUAAGUAUACCCCGAAGCUUCAGGUUCGCGGGGUGGAGACGGCAGUUGAUGCGGCGCGCAAGCAUUUUGUCGAGCAAAUUGAACUAUACGGGGAGAACUACCUGGUCAACCUGGUGAAUCAGAAGGGCCGGGAAGAGCGCGUGAAACGAGCGUAUGAGCAAAUGGUGCGCGCAUUGGUCUCGCCGACAGCCGAGGAUACUGAGGCCAAUGGCGCUACACCUGAAAAGGUACACAUUCUGGAGGCUAAGCAGAUCCAGAAGGAGUUGGACCGUCUUCACUACAUAUACUUUGACUUCCACAGCGAAACCAAGGGCCUCAAGUGGCAUCGCGCUGAGUUGUUGAUGGAUCGCUUAGUGAAUGGGCUUUCGCGAGGUGGCUAUUUCCGUGGUGUAGAAAACCCUGGUGCCCCUGGUGGAUCACUGGACAUUCGAUUAGUGCAAACCAGUGUUGUCCGGACCAACUGCAUGGAUUGCUUGGAUCGGACAAACGUCGUGCAGAGUAUGCUUGGACGUUGGGCUAUCACACAACAGCUUGUAGAGGCUGGAUACCUUAGCCCUGGUGAACACGCCACGGCUGACCCGGCGUUCGAAGAUCUGUUCCGCAAUAUCUGGGCUGAUAAUGCCGAUGUCGUAUCCAAGUCAUACUCCGGUACAGGGGCCUUGAAGACGGACUUUACUCGUACUGGAAACCGCACGCGGGCCGGAAUGGUGCAAGAUCUCAGCAACUCUAUCACUCGAUACGUGCGCAAUAACUUUCUGGAUGGUCCCCGACAAGACGGGUUCGACGUGUUCCUGGGAGCCUAUCUUCCCCCGGACUCAACUCUUGGCAGCUUCCAGCUCUUCUUCGACCGUCGGCCAUUGGCCAUCCAGUCUGUCCCGUACAUCCUUGCCACAAGUAUCUUCAUGAUUAUGGUUUCCAUCUUCACCAAGCGCGACCCUGAUUCCGCCGUGUGGCCUCUUCGUCUGUUUGCCAUAUUCUGGAUGGUUGUUGCCGCAUGGUGUCUGCGUUUCGUCUCUGGACAUGGAAUGCUCUAUGUAAGCAUCUACUCGAGUCUACGGCAAUCAUGUUACAGCGUGCUAAUCACGUUAACACAGGUGAACUGGCCAAAGCUGAAUACUCCUUCAGCUAGCGCAGAAGGAUACCAGGAUGCGCUCGCUAAAGCACGAUCGGACCCAAUUAUUGGACAUUGGAUUCCUAUCAAGAGACACCAACGGGGCUAUAGCAAUGCUCGUUUGGGCUUCCUGGAAGAAGGGAAAACGAGGAUCGAAUAG